AUGAGCAACAACAGUCCAAAGGCAAACGGGAAUGCUGAUGCAUUAGCACAUUUUUCAAGAAGCUAGGUACAAUUAUGAAAUGAAAUUGUUUUAGGAGUUUAAGAUUACUUAGAAAAUUGAAGAAGCAUUAUUAAUAAUGCCUUAAAUCUUUGUCCUCAAUUUGCCGAAGCCUACACUUUAAGAAGUUAAAUGUUUUAUAUAUCAAUUAAGGUCAAUUAUAUGAGAAUAUCAAAUUAUAUGAUAUGGCAUUGGAAGAUGUAAAUUACAGCAUAUAUUUAAAAUUUAAUAAUAAUGCUGAAUGUUAUUAAAGGGGUAUUAAUUAAAUCUGAUAAUUUAAGCAAAAAUUUAUUGGAGAAAAAAAAUUUUUGACCCAUCAUUAUAAGAUUGUUAGAGGUGUGCUUAGAUUAAUCCAAACUUUGCAAUGUGUUAGAGUAGAAUGGGUAAUUGAAUGAACAUAAAUUUAAAGGCACUAUUUGAACAAUUUGAAAUAAAAAGAAAAUGGGUUCUAUUAUAACAAUAAAGCUAUAGAAAAUGA